AUUGACCGUAUGUGGACUGUACAGAUGGAGUCAGUUUCAGAAAAAGUCCGUCGUGGAAGUAGAUAUUUCAUCUCAGCUUUCUAUUCACAUAUCUUAUUUAGACGGUAGAAGAUGGAGCAGUGAGACUUUGAUUUCAUAGUUCAGGCAAAUUCAAUUUGUGUUCGAUAGCCGCCCAGAUAUAGCUCUUACAGUACACUGUAUAAAUCGCCUUCAGGGCAGAAGUUGCACUCAACUCCGGUCGUAGCUAAAGCUUAUCGGUACACUGUCAAGUUUCUUCACUAGAAAAUCGAAACACAUAAUUUCUAUCUGAUGACGAAGACAGUAACAUUCAACUUCCAUCUCAAUUUGGGCGCCUCUAAAUUAGAUGCUUCCAAGGCUCCCCGAGUGAAUUCUUCCGGAAUGGGCAGGGAAUGGUUGCGCACUUCCCCUACUUCCGACAUUCGAUUAGCAUUGAUGAUUGCCCUCUCCUCACAGGCCGCUAGACAAUCGCAGCGUGUUGUUGAAAGUCUGGCAUCAGAGAGUUUCAAGUAUGUUUUUCCUCGGCGACAGAACGGUCAAAAUCCAGAAGAAGCUUUCAUGAGCGUUCCUGAUCUCGAAACAAUUCCAUACAGAGUUAUUCGCAAAGAACCUGGUUACGAGAUCCGCGUGGUUGAGUCUUAUAUGAUAGCUGAAACUGAUAUGUCCGGAGAGAGUGGAUUUGACUUCGUCAGUUCAGGUCAAGCAUUCAAUACUCUUGCUGAAUACAUUUUCGGAAAGAACACCUCGAGGGAAACGAUGCCAAUGAACACACCGGUGCUUCUACAAAGGAACGAAACAAAAUCUCAAAAGAUGGAGAUGACUACUCCUGUGUUCACACAGAAGGCCUCAGAAGAAGGCACAUGGCGCAUGGCCUUUUUAAUACCUUCAAAGUUUGAUGAAAGUAAUCUGCCAAUUCCAGACAAUACUUCAGUCAAAAUUAGAAGGGUUCCAUCCAAGACAGUGGCUGUGACUGCUUUCUCGGGCUUUGUAACAGAAGACGUUUUGGAAAAGAAGGAAAGAGAGAUACGACGGGCGCUGGAGAAAGAUAAUCAAGUGCGAACGAAAGGAUCCGUUCUGCCUGAGAUCGCUCAGUACAAUCCACCGUUUACUCCCCCUUUCAUGCGUCGGAACGAAGUCUCAGUGGAAGUCGAGUACAAAGCAUGAGAGAAGCAAACCUCUUCUGAUUGAAACUGGAAGGGGACCCAAUGAAUCUAUAAAACACUGUACCACUACUUGUUUUUUUCUAAGACCAAUUGUCUUCGGCCAGUUUCAGUACAUACGUUCCAUCUCACCAGCUUAUCGCCUUCAAAGCUCUGACUACAUGUUACUGGUUACUACUUGCUCUCAAGUGGUUGAGACGAUCCGAGACAUGAAAUUCUUGGAGUUUAGUGGCUCGCAGUGAUGUCUCGUAACAUAACAAUACACAAUUGCUUGAUAUGAAACAUUUACGGCACAGCCCCUUAAGUAUCGAAGAGUUGACUCGUCAAUGUAUGAUUGUCAAAUAUCUCUCUCGUAUCUAUGAGCUACGCAUCAUGCUGCGCGAACCAUUGUGCUUGUAGAAUAUUCUUGUACAGUAGACCAUUAGGAAUUUCAGGUUCUUAUGUCCUGUAAACAGCAUUGGAUCAAGUCUCAAUAAAUUACCU